AAAGGGAAAGCCGGGAGGACUGGGGCGACCUCUGGCGGAGCGAAUGACUAGCCAGAGUACAUGACAUUAUUCGCCGCAUUGCUCAGCAUUGCUGUCGAAAAUGGCGUCGAGUUCGGAGCUGCUGGAAUAUUCGUCCCCAGUGAAACGUCGUAAGAUCGAUGGCGGCGAUCACGGGGGGAACGUCGUCGCGACCCUGGAUGAACAACGGCUCACCGGCCCACCACGUGAUAGCCCGCACGACGAAUUCGAAGAAAUACUUGGUGCAGACAGUGGAUUUAAUGAACUGAGUGAUGAAUCUAAAUCUACAUCCAUAUCUCCUGCAAUUAUAAAUCUACAAUCACCAUCGUCUAGAAUUGAUUCUGCUAGUAAUGGUACUGGUUGCACAAUCGAUACUACAGACGAGAAAGACGAGAUGUCCUCUACUGUCUCAAAUUUAUCAGACUUAUCAGGUUUGUCUGAUCUUUCUGGAGAUGCAGAAGUCAGUCAUCAAUGGAGAAAUGCUUCUUCAUGGAUUCAGAAGCAGAUGCUGACAGGUGCAGAUCCAAGGGAUCUCCUACAUCAUCUUCUUAUGGAUUCCACAUUGAUUCCUGAGCAAGUUGACGAUCUCACAUUAUGGAAGAUUAUAAUCAAUAUGAUGUCAGAACCUCCGAGGCGGCAAAAGCUUAGACAUAUAAAUACCUUAUCGGAUGCGGUACGAUUAAUUCGCAAUAGCAAGAAAAUUAUAGUCUUGACUGGCGCGGGUGUUAGCGUUAGUUGUGGUAUUCCUGAUUUUAGAAGUAAAGAUGGUAUUUAUUCGAGACUAGCACAGGAUUUUCCAGACUUACCAGACCCACAGGCUAUGUUUGACAUUAAUUAUUUUAGCCAAGAUCCCAGGCCAUUUUACAAAUUUGCAUGUGAGAUCUAUCCAGGACAAUUUAAACCCAGCCCAUGUCACAGGUUCAUCAAAAUGUUAGAGAAGCAGAAGAAGCUCUUGAGGAAUUAUUCGCAAAAUAUUGACACUUUGGAACAAGUGGCUGGUAUUAAAAAUGUAAUUGAAUGCCAUGGCUCUUUUGCCACUGCAUCAUGUACAAGAUGUAAAUACCAAGUGAAAGCAGAUGAUGUUAGGGAAGAUAUCUUCACACAAAGGAUACCUACAUGCCCGAAAUGCCGUGUCAACGCGUUGCCUUCUCUAUCCGAAAUUAAUUGCAGCGAGAAUUACAGAGACUUGGUAUCGCAAGGUAUAAUGAAGCCAGAUAUCGUUUUCUUCGGUGAAGGACUUCCAGACGCUUUUCACGAUGCAAUGGCCAAAGACAAAGACGAUUGUGAUCUUCUAAUCGUUAUUGGUUCGUCCUUGAAGGUUCGGCCGGUAGCUCUAAUUCCAUCGUCCAUUCCGUCGCAUGUGCCACAGAUUCUCAUUAACCGAGAACCAUUGCCACAUCUCAAAUUCGACAUUGAGCUAUUAGGCGAUGGUGACAUUAUUAUAAAUCAAAUAUGCCAUUUGUUGGGUGACACUUAUAAUGAAGUCUGUUGGUAUGAUAAAAUCUUGAAAGAAGCUUCACAACUUCUGUCAUUGCGCUAUUCGUCCGACAUGUGGGAACAGAAUCAAGAUACAACAAGUAACACUGAACUGUCACGAGAUAGUAUAGAAGUUGAUUUUAAGCCUCAAAACGUACCCACGACUGAAAAUCAAAACGGCCUACUGAAGACUACUAAUGCAAUAUUACACCAUACAGAAAACAUCAAUGUCUGUAUAUCGUCUUUCCAUACUGGUCAAUGUGUCAAAGAUGCAGAGGAAAGCUUCAAUCUUUUCGAAGAGAGUCCAAAGAGACGAUCAGGUGAUACCAGUGUAGAAAACAGUUCCAAAAGGAUGAAUUUUGGUAGCUCAUGUGAAUCGAAAAGUUCCAUAUCACCGGCAAAAAUGAAUGUUGAAUGUGCAAUGACUUCAUUAGAAAAUAGAUUUCAUGUUGCAUCAAUGUCUAAAAAGAAUUUCAAGGAAUGUCAAGUGGUGCCAGUAACAUUGUCCCUUUCUUCGGAAGCUAUCAUAAGCGAAAAUACUUUAUCAUAUAAAUCGCUAGACAAUUGUGGAAAAUCAAACAAGUAUGACAAUACCGUAAUGAUGGAUACUGUCGAAACAGACAAAUUAACACCUAAGCCGAGGCAAGCAUCGGUGGAUUCCAUCUUGGAUUCUGGUAUAGGUGACAGUUGUAAUAGUGUCGAUAGCACGGAGGAGAAGUUUGAUAUUGCUGAAUUGAAGAAUAGAAGUUUAGAAAGACAUUGCUGGCAACCAAAAACUCGAGAGAGCCUCGCCGUUAGGUUACCAGAAAAUUCGUAUUACCAGUUGGCGCCAGGUAGAUAUAUUUUUCCCGGUGCGGAGGUCUAUUCCGAACCUGAAGAUUAUGAUCAGUGUUCCCUCUCGGCAAAUUCCGAGAGCACAGAUAGUGAUAGCGACUCUUCUUCAGGAGAAGAAGAGGAGGAUGAAGAAGAAGAAACAUGUGCGGAUGACGAUCUGUCGGAGGGAGCAGACGCUGAUACUGACGGUCAAAAUAAUGAUGCGAAAUGGGCGAGUAAUUCUUAUAGUGCUGAACAGCAUUGAAUUGGAGCUAUGCCCGAACGUAGUGGUUAGUUUCGAUCACUGUUUCUUUAUCAAUUUUUAUCAAAGUUUGUUGAGAUUAUUUGUAUAGGAUGAUAAACAGUGCAAUUUUUAUCGGCUCGGUUACGAAGCAAGAUAUAUGUUAAUUAUUACAUGUAGACAGAGCCCAAUGCACAUACAUAUAAUAAUGUUUAUUUAGUCGGAAUUUUUUUCGAAAUUUUUUUUACGUUCAAGUAACAGAUCAAGGGAUUUGUUAAGCACAAAAUUCCAUAUUUUCCUUGUUUUUAAAUGAUUAUUUUAAAUAAUGUUAUUUAAUGCAAAUUUGCAGUGCCCAUGAUAAUGUACAUAAGGUAUCAUUAGUCUUAUACAUGAAAUGUAUCACCCUCGAGUCGCAUUUUAAUAACACAACUAAUAAUUGUUUCUGUCUAUAUGAAGAUCAUAUAUGAAAAUGAUCAAAACUGCUUGUGUGUAGCUUAAUGUACUAUUCUACAAUAUGAAUUAUGUAGUCUAUUUAAUCUACUUUAUACUCGUAAAAUGUAUAUAUCGAUGUUUCAAACAUAGCGAGAGUGUGACACAACAUUUUGUCCUAAUUGUGCGAUAAUGUGUAAAUGAGAUUAAUCUUAAAUGUAUUAAACCCCAGUUGAUAAAAAUCGCGAUUUAUUGCAUCUAAUGUAAUGUUCUAAAUGAUUCAGAUUUGCUCAUUUUGGCUGCAUGGUCUUACACUCAUCGUAUUUAAUUAAAGUGAAACAAUUAUAUGAAAGAAGAUAAACGAAGAAAAAAAAAAAAAACAAGAAAUGUAGAAAAUGCAACUAAAAU